AUGUCUUCACCAUACAACGAGAAGGAGAGCCAGUCCCCGGUCGGCAGCCAACGGACCUUUGUCGACCAUGAAGCCACAAUACGCUCUCAAGAGAGCAGGUCCUUUGCGGGACAAGAUGGGAACGGCUCAUCAUCGAUGACGGACGACGAGGGAAACGACACCGAGAUGGAUCGCCGACAAUCUAUUGUCCAGGAGCUCGCCCGAGAAUACACCCGCCACUCAGUCGCCACCAAUGGAGUUGACCAGUCGGCCCUGUUCGGGAGCGAUGACCCGGACUCACCACUCAACCCCAACGGCAAGAAGUUCAGCGCACGCACAUGGGCGAGGACGAUCGCAAAUGUCACAAAUGAGCACGGAUCCGGAUACCGAACUGCUGGUUUCUGUUACGAGAACCUGAACGUCUUCGGGUACGGCCAGGAGACGGACUACCAAAAGGAUGUCGGCAACGUGUGGCUCGAGCUGCCCACCCUCGCCCGCAACCUCGUCUCGAAAAGAGGCUCCCAGCGCCGCAUCGACAUCCUCCGAAACUUCAACGGCGUGGUCGAGGCCGGUGAGAUGCUUGUCGUCCUGGGCCCCCCGGGAUCUGGCUGCUCCACCUUCCUCAAGGCCAUUUCGGGUGAGAUGAACGGUAUCUACACGGACGAGCGGGCCUACUUCAACUACCAGGGUAUCUCUGCCAAGGAGCUCCACGACCACCACGCCGGCGACGCCAUCUACACCGCCGAGGUCGACGUCCACUACCCCCAGCUGUCCGUGGGCGACACCCUCACCUUCGCCUCCCGGGCCCGCUGCCCUCGGACCCUGCCCCCUGGGGUCACGGCCGACCAGUACUGCGACCAUCUCCGGGACGUGGUCAUGGCCAUGUACGGUAUCAGCCACACGGUGAACACCCGGGUUGGUGACAACUACAUCCGUGGUGUAUCAGGAGGUGAGCGCAAGCGUGUCACUAUUGCCGAGGCAACGCUGUCCAACGCCCCCUUGCAAUGCUGGGACAACUCCACCAGAGGUCUCGACUCGGCCAAUGCCGUCGAGUUCUGCAAGACGCUCCGCCUGCAGUCGGACCUGUUCCGCCAGACAUGUGCCGUGUCCAUUUACCAGGCUCCCCAGACGGCAUAUGAUCUUUUCGACAAGGUUGCCGUCUUGUACGAAGGGCGACAGAUCUUCUUCGGCCGUACCACCGACGCCAAGGAUUACUUUGUCAACCUGGGAUUCGACAAGGAAAACAAGGCCCUGAAGGCGCAGAUCGAGCAGUACAAGGCUGACCACCCCCUCGAUGGUGCUGACGCCGAGGCAUUCCGAAACCAGAAGCAGACGGUUCAGGCCAAGAGCCAGCGCCUGAAGUCUCCGUUUAUUCUCUCCUACGGCCAGCAGGUCAAACUGUGCAUCUGGCGUGGAUUCAAGCUCUUGAAAGGCAGCCCCGGUUUGACGAUAUUUGCGCUCACGGCCAAUUCUGCAACCGCGCUCAUCAUGUCUUCUCUGUUCUACAAUCUCCCGGAAACGACUUCCUCCUUCUAUAGUCGCUCUGCUGUCCUCUUCGUCGCUAUCCUCGCCAACGCCUUCUCCAGCGCCCUCGAAAUCCUCACGCAGUACUCUCAACGGCCGAUUAUCGAGAAGCAGAGGCGGUAUGCCUUCUACCACGCUUCGGCUGAGGCGCUCUCGUCUGUUCUGGUGGAUAUGCCGUACAAGAUCACGAACACCAUAUUCUACGAUCUGAUCAUCUAUUUCAUGACCAACCUGAACAGAGACCCUGGCAACUUCUUCUUCUUCCUCUUCACCACCUUCCUGAUGGUCCUCUCGAUGUCCGGCCUGUUCAGGUCAAUUGCCUCGCUGUCACGCACAUUGUCCCAAGCCAUGGUCCCAGCAUCGGUCUUGAUGCUCGCCCUCGUCAUCUUCACUGGUUUCGUCGUCCCGGUCGACUAUAUGCUUGGCUGGUGCCGUUGGAUCAACUAUUUGGAUCCUGUGGGAUAUGGAUUUGAAUCGCUCAUGAUCAACGAGUUCCACAACCGUGACUAUCAGUGUGACAGCUUUGUGCCCAGCCCAGCUGUACCCGGUUACGAGAACGCCACGAUUUCCAACAUGGUGUGCUCCUCAGUUGGCUCUGUUCCUGGCGCAACCUUUGUCAGCGGUGACGCAUACAUCAACUCCCAGUACAAGUACUUCAACUCCCACAAGUGGCGCAACAUCGGCAUCCUCAUCGCCUUCGUCAUUGCCCUUCAUGCGCUCUACCUCGCGGCCACCGAGUACAUCGCAGCCAAGAAGUCCAAGGGAGAGGUUCUCGUCUUCCGUCGUGGUGUGACCCCCCCGGCCAAGGUGCAAGCCGACGUCGAGGGCUCCCUUUCUGGUCCUAUCCCCGUCCUCGACAAGGAGAGCGACGUUCCCUCUAACGAUGCGGCCAUCCAGGGCUCCACCAGCGUCUUCCACUGGAGCAAGGUCUGCUACGACGUCAAGAUCAAGACCGAGACUCGUCGCAUCCUCAACAACGUCGACGGGUGGGUCAAGCCCGGUACCCUCACGGCACUCAUGGGCGUUUCUGGAGCCGGAAAGACCACCCUCCUGGAUGUCCUCGCGGACCGUGUCUCUGUGGGCGUUAUCACCGGAGAGAUGUUGGUCGACGGCAAGAUCCGUGACUCCUCGGCCGAGAAGCUCGCUUACGUGGACAAGGUUAUUGAACUCCUGGGCAUGCAGGAAUACGCUGACGCCGUUGGCGGCAGGACCGUGUACUUUGGCGACAUCGGCAAGAACUCCCAGACUCUUAUCGACUACUUCAACAGGAACGGAGCCCCCAAGUGCCCGGAAGGCGAGAACCCGGCCGAGUGGAUGCUCUCCGCCAUCGGUGCAGCACCCGGCACGUCGUCCGACGUCGACUGGCCCGAGGCGUGGAAGGCAAGCCCCGAGUACCGAGACGUCCAGGCCGAGCUCGAGCGCCUCAAGGUCGAGAGCCCAGCCAGCACCGAGGACGCCCAGUUAGCCCACCGCGAAUUCGCCGCCCCCCUGUGGAACCAGUUCCUGAUCGUCACCCACCGUGUCUUCCAGCAGUACUGGCGCACACCCUCGUACAUCUACUCCAAGUUCAUCCUCUGCUGCUCGGUCGCCCUCUUUAUCGGUCUGGUCUUCCUGAACGCGCCCCUGACCAUCCAGGGCCUGCAGAACCAAAUGUUUGCCAUCUUCCAGAUCCUUUCCAUCUUCGGUCAGCUGGUGCAGCAGCAGAUGCCGCACUUUGUCAUCCAGCGCAGCCUCUACGAGGUGCGGGAGCGGCCCUCCAAGACCUACAGCUGGAAGGUCUUCAUGCUGUCGCAGAUCGUCACCGAGAUCCCGUGGAACUCGCUCAUGUCGGUGUUCAUGUUCAUCUGCGUCUACUACCCGGUCGGCUUCGACGGCAACGGCAACCCGGACCAGAAGCACGAGCGCGGCGUCCUCAUGUGGCUCCUGUUCUGGCAGUUCCUCAUCUUCACCUGCACCUUCGCCAACGCCUGCAUCGCCAUCACCGACACGGCCGAGAUGGGCGGCAACCUCGCCAACGUCCUCUUCAUGAUGUGCCUGCUGUUCUGCGGCGUCCUCGCCACGCCCGACGCCAUGCCCCGCUUCUGGAUCUUCAUGUACCGCGUCUCGCCCUUCACGUACCUCAUCUCGUCCGUCCUGUCCACGGGCCUGGCCAACACGGCCGUCAGGUGCUCCUCGAACGAGUACGUCCACUUCGACCCGCCGGCCAACCAGACCUGCGCGGCGUACAUGUCCGACUACAUCAGCGCCGCGGGCGGGUACCUCGAGAACCCCACCGCCACCGCCGACUGCUCGUUCUGCUCCGUCGAGAACACCAACGCCUUCCUGGCCUCCAUCAGCUCCAGCUUUGACAACAGGUGGCGCGACUUUGGCAUCGGCAUGGUCUACAUUGUCUUCAAUAUCGUCGCUGCCCUGUUCCUCUACUGGUUGGUCCGCAUGCCCAAGAAGGGCAAGAAGAAGGCGUGA